AUGCUGCAGGAAACCGCCCAGUCGCAGCACCUGCAGGCCGAGAUCGCUCAACUCGAGGCUCGUCUGUACGACAUGCGCACACAACUCGCCACCUCCAAAUAUACAUCUCCAACAUCACUUGCCAAUCAAGAUAUGUCAUGGAAAUCAGCAAAUGGUAAGACAACCCUGCAGAUCAGGCAAGACCCCAGCAUCACGACUGACAAUGCAACCGCGAAACGACCAGACCUUGGCCACUCCCAUAUCGUUCACUCCCAAUUUCACUCGGAUUCCGUCCGCACCUCAUCACUUCAUGCGCUGCUUCUCCUCUCCGAUUCCGCCCUUCCACUAGGAUCCUUUGCAUACUCCAGCGGGCUGGAGUCCUAUCUCGCCCACAAUAAGUCCCUUCGUGCCAACCCUCUUACUUCAUUCCAUCGCUUCCUCAAACUCUCCAUCGCCUCCCUCGCAAGCACAUCACUUCCCUACGUGCUCGCCGGGUACCGCGAGCCCGCCACCCUCGACACCCUCGACAAUGACCUCGACGCUUCGACGCCCUGCAUCGUCGCCCAGCGUGCCAGUGUCGCACAAGGCCGUGCCCUGAUCGGAGUCUGGGAACGCGCAUUCCGUCGGAGCUUCGCCGGGCCUGGUUCCGGCCCUGCCGCCAUCGACACCGGGGCCGGAGUGGCUGCCACCGCCAUAGAGGACUUUGCCGAGUCUCUCAAGGCCUUCAGGGAAGAAGAGGACGAGUACGACCCCGGGCCACAGGGCCACUUUGCCCCUCUUUGGGGAGUGGUCUGCCGAGCGAUGGGAAUCGACCUACAACAGGCGGCCUAUAUCUUUGUUCUCAAUCACGCCAAGGCAGUACUCAGCGCAGCGGUGCGCGCGUCGGUGAUGGGUCCGUAUCAAGCUCAGAAUAUUCUGGCGAGUCACACCUUGCAGGAGACGAUCAUGGAGCGCAUUGAGCGCGAAUGGAAUACUCCGGUGGAAGAGGCGGGCCAAGUGGUGCCAGCACUGGACCUGUGGGUUGGGCGGCAUGAGCUCCUCUACAGUCGCAUUUUCAACUCAUAA